ACAUUCUAACCAAUGCAAAACAACUGAUGACAUUUUCAGUUUGGCUGCUAGACCAACUGAAAAUAGCCCUCGUCUAAAACAGUCACCAAAAUACAUCUAACUCUUGACUGCUAUGCUUUAACAUUUUCAUAUAACCUUGCUAACUUUAAAAUAACCUAAAUAAACACAACGCUAAAACUGACAGCGACCUAUUUAAUUUUCCAGUGUAAGAUCUUCGAAAUAAAACUACUAAAUUCAAAUGUCGAAUGCGUCACACGUUUAGUUCUAAAGUUUGUACUUUUAAUUUAUUCGAAUAACGUGCUCUAAGUUUGUCCGAGCGCUGCUGUCAGUCGGAAAAUCGCGGGUGUGCGCGGCGCAUGCGUCUUUUUUUUAUUUUUUCUAAAUUAGAAGCGUUUUUCUUGUGAUUUGGAGUGCAGUGCGUUUUGUGAAAAGUGGAAAUAUUUUUAGGCGUUUUUAUGUGUGAUAAGUGAAAAAUCAUGUUAUACUGAAUCAGAUUGUGCUUCGUUUUUUUUUUUGUGAAAAAUGAUCAACCAACAUCUUGUGAGCAACAUGGCGUAUUACGGCAAGUCGCCGUUUUUCCCCGGUGUGGAGGACGCGGCGCUGGCGAGCGGCGGGGCCGCGGGCUCGCCCUCUGUGCCCUCUGACCAGGCGCAGGACGUCGUGUCGCGACUCAGCGCCGCCGGUCUUUCGAUGUGCGUGUCGGCGCUGGGGUCGCCGGCGCGCUCGUCGCCUGUGUCGGCGGGCUCCGAGCACGGCGAGCGCUUCAGCCGCAAGGUGUUCGUGGGUGGUCUGCCGCCCGACAUCGACGAGGAUGAGAUCACCUCCUCAUUCCGGCGGUUCGGACCGCUGGUGGUGGACUGGCCGCACAAGGCCGAGAGCAAGAGCUACUUCCCACCAAAGGGCUACGCGUUUCUAUUGUUCCAGGACGAGAGCUCAGUCGCAGCGCUGAUGGAGGCUUGCAUCACAGACGACGACAAGCUGUACCUCUGCGUGUCAUCGCCCACCAUUCGCGACAAGCCAGUGCAGAUCCGUCCGUGGCGGCUCGCCGACGCAGACUUCGUUUUGGAUGCCUCCAUGCCGCUGGAUCCGAGGAAGACAGUCUUCGUUGGAGGCGUUCCUCGCCCGCUUAAAGCCGCUGAACUGGCGAUGAUUAUGGACCGACUGUACGGUGGCGUCUGCUAUGCCGGCAUCGACACCGACCCCGAACUCAAAUACCCCAAGGGUGCGGGCCGCGUGGCGUUCUCCAACCAACAGUCGUACAUCGCGGCCAUCUCCGCGCGCUUCGUGCAGCUGCAACACGGCGACAUCGACAAGCGGGUCGAGGUGAAGCCGUACGUGCUGGACGAUCAGAUGUGCGACGAGUGCGCCGGCGCACGUUGCGGCUCCAAGUUCGCGCCCUUCUUCUGCGCCAACGUCACCUGCCUCCAGUACUACUGCGAGCACUGCUGGGCGACCAUCCACUCGCGGCCGGGGCGCGAGUUCCACAAGCCGCUCGUCAAGGAGGGCGCCGACCGCCCGCGCGCCGUGCCCUUCCGCUGGUGUUAGUGCCGUCUCCCUCCCACCACGCCCACACCCACACCCCUCCCGACCCCACCACACCCCGCGGCAGACCGAGACCACUAGUGAUGAGGUAACCACUAGUGGUGAAGUAACCACUACUUAGUGUGAUAAUUUUGAAGUUGCCAUCGCAAUUUUGGACGGUUAGGUAAUGAGAUCGCGAACGCAGUGUAAGUGUAACCAAUAGUGGUAGGCUGUAUUGAAACGUGGCAUUGACUAAGUUUUUCAUGAUAUAAAAGUGAUAUUGGUUAGGCUUACACUAGUGGUUACGCUGACACUGGUGGUUACGCUCUGAAGACGCUACGUGCUCUCCGCACUCCCGCUUUACACUCGAAGUGACCAAAAGUAUGGCUGUUUACAUCUCGAAUAGGCCAAUGGCCGACUAAGACAUAUUUCAACUAAGCCUAACCCAAACCACAUCGGAGGUAAAGGAUGGAAAACGCUUCAUCCGAAUAAUUUCUGUAUACAUCUUUUUGGUAAAUUCUUUUAAUACUGGAUACGACAAUGCAACUAAAAUAAAAAGCAACUUUAUCCAACGUUUAAUAUUAAGCAGAUAGGAUCAAGUAAGAAAACAAUUGCUAAGUUUUCUUAAGCGGCCGCCAUUUGCAUUCAGUGUGGCCGUUGAGAAAAUUAACGAACGAUUUUCGAUUUAAGCAAAGAUGUGUAUCCUUAAAGUAAGAUAGUUGUCCGUUCGUCGUUUGUGGGUAAGCUCUACUUGGCGCGAUCACUCGCGCCUUAUCCUAAGAUUAAUGUAAGACAUAAGUGGAAUGUCUGAUUUCUCAAGAUAAUUGUACCUGUGUAGCUAGAAACAAUUUCAUAAGUUUCCUCGUUUAGAUUUUCGACUUGGAUAUUGUUGCUAUUUUUUCACUUCGGCGUCCCGUUCUUACGGUUAGACAAUUUUACUAAACUUAAUCAGUUUAGCGCCGACGAUUAUAGAGGGCGUUGACUUGGCAGCGCCACAGACUAUAGCAGCCAGUGUUGCCAACAUUUGACAUUUAGGGCAAUUAUGAUUGACGAAUGUCUCUUUCUCUUUAAAGCUAGUAGGAAAGAGAUAGAGAAUCAGUCUCUACCGGCUGCUAAGAGUUUGUGCGUUGUCCUCGGGGUUUUGUUAGUCUGUUCGUUUCCCUGGGAGGCGGUAGGGACUGGUUUUUAGUACAAACGAAAAAAAAAUACGUUACCAAUUUUGGCUGUAGUCUGGCUCGACGCGAGUAUAUCUCUUUUCUUAUAUUUUAGCGUUAAAAACUAUGAUAAUAAAAAUAUUUUUUGGAUUCGCCGGGAUAGUGCAAUAGACAGUAGUUUAGUAUACUAUAAAAAUAUAUUAACCAAUUAUUAAACUAGUGUAAAUAUGCGGUGGUUCACGUUUUUACCCUAUGCUUGUCACUCGCGUUUGUUUGAGGUUAUAUUGGAGUUGAAUUUGAUGUUUUGGAAUCGGAGGGCUCAGUGUGUACUUAAUGAGGCGACGGAUACUGACGGCGACGGCUGACAUCGUAUCCCGACGACCACGAACGCAUAUAGACUGUAGAAAAAGACUUGUGCGAAUUUUUUGAACAAUUUUUUUCGUUUGGAAGCGGUUUUUUCGUGUCGUGUUUUUUCUAAAUUUUAAAAGGUGAGGCUAUGAAGUGCCUUGGUGUGUGUGCCCGCCGGUGUGUUCAACUCCCAUACGGGCGUUCGUUGGGUUCGUCUGGAUGCACUUUAAAUUAUUGUUUGACAUGCGUCUGGGUUUCUCUAAAACUACCAUUUAUGGCAGCUGGUAACACUGACGCGCGUAGUAGAAUUAUUCUACCGUUUUUGACAACUGUCAACUGUCAAACGCGACGGCAGCGCCCGGGAUCACCGCCAUCCCAUAACUUUAAAAUAUAUAGUUAAUAAUCAAUUCUCUAAAAGUUAAGUAGGUACAAUUCGUAUUGUUAGUAGAUGCAUUUUAGUAAAAUUAUUUGCCAUAAAACAAGACGCAUUGUGGGACUUUUUAUAUUCAUAUUAUAUUAUCGCGAGCCGCUCUGUGGCCCCUGUAAAAUUUAGGACAAAAUAUUUGAAAUAUUAAAUAAUAUAUAUUUUCUUAGUCUUUAGAAAUCUUAGCUAUAUAUUGAUAUAUAUUUCGCGAUAUAAAAAGUCGUAUGAAGCGGAUGCACACUACGUGUGUUAGUAGGGAAUAAAAUAAUUGCAAUACCGAAUGGUAAGUCGUAGAGUUCCUCACGGGACGGACUCCCCAUACAUUUUUCACUCCGCACCUAAGUUACUCCUAAGUUAAUCCUUCACCAGACAAAUUUCGACUACAUUUUCAGACGUCUCUAUUUACUUUUGAUUUUUAUUCGUAGGAAAUUCGAUUUUUUUAUCCGUUUAUUUGUAUAAUUUCACUCGUGAUGUGUGCAUUUCCCGUUAUUGGUGGUUCUUUUGUAUGAAAUUGCUCAAUGUUUUUUGUAAUUGUUUGGAAGUGCCCUCCCCUCCUAGCGGUGGGACGCGUGACUGUGACUUGAUACUGGAUGCUUGAUACGUGUCGUGUGGUAGCACUGUCCCAUUUUUGUAUUUUUAUAUUUUUAUAAAAAACGAAAUUGUGAAUUCGGACGUGGUCUUUUAAUUUACGCGCAAAGUUAGACUUCAACACGCUGGACGGGAACCAUUUUUGUAUAACUUGAUGCGUUCCGACUCCGCGCCGACGCAAAGCCGACCUUAGUCGGCGGCGUCUUUAAUUAUAAAAAUAUAUAAUUGGUGUUAGAAUAAUACAACCGAGGUGAGUUUGGGAUAUGUGGUCUGUUGCGAGCGGCUGUGUCUGCUAGUGCGGUUGGUCUUCUACACGGAGGAUUUGUAUCGUUUCUUGUUUUAGGGAGGUUUACAUUUCUCCUAUUUUUUGCCUCGUUUCUUCUUUAUAGUUUAACCGUCGGACUAAAGGAAACAGUGUGAAGUCAGCGUUUCUCAUUCGAUAAAUCGCAUGUCACUGUAGCAAUCGUUUUCUGCCGAUGCUCACUUCAUGCUCAUUCAUUUAGUAGUCGAGUUUCCUUUAUCUUGUUAAGAAUUUUCGAUCGAUUGUCGAUCCUUCGAUUUCGCCUCGCAGUAUUUAGUUUAGAUCUAUUUAAUUUCUAUGAAAGGUCUGAUUUUGAGGGUUUUGUAGCGCUUUUCACGUGCGAAAUAGUUUUUUAGUUGAUUUGGAGUGCCCUUUAGUUUGUAGCUGCGAGGUGACGUUUUUAGUUCGUUAGUUUGUAGGUUGUUUGUUUGCUUGGUUCCUCGUUUAUUGCCGCUACGGCUUGUUCUCGUUAUUUAUACGUUGUCUGUUUUUCUAUUAAUAUAACUAGCUGACGGGUGUUCAUUGACGUUUUUUAAUUUGGGAGCCGCGGCGACGUACUGCAGAUUGCUAAGAAGUUAGUGCUACUGAUUUCAGAGAUUGAGUUCAGUGAAACAUAGCACUAGCUUUGUUGAAUAACUUCGAACUUCUAAAGUUCGGGUGCAGCGGCUUACGUCGUUAUGGUCACGGUUCGGUCCAGACUUUAGAAUAAUCGCAGAAACGCAAAUACGAUUGUUGACGGUGACUCUAAAGUCGGGACAAGACUUCGACCAAUGUGACAUUUGUACUUUUUUAAAAUAUCGUAGCUAUCUUUAUGAUGUAAAGAGUUGUUGUUGUUUCGAAGUCGGUGUUUCGUGCCCUCGUCGUUUAUCUCUGAGUGAGUUUCUUCGCACUAUUUUUCACUGCAUGUAUAUAGUGAAUCAGUACGUUGGAUUCUUAAGGAAAAAAAAUAAAAAAAGCGCAAAAAAAUAAUUUUUUAUCGACGCCUCAGGAACGGGGUGGGCGCGACGCGCACCAUAGACCUCGAGGUUUUAGCGAAAUUAUUAAUUAAAAUAAUAGCGAAAGUAGCGCAAUUCAUGAAAUACCUACCUAGUUGAAGUAUAACGUAUACGGUGCGGUAGUACCCACACCGUAAGCUAGACAAUAUUAAGUUUGUAUGGAAUUUCUUGCACCGUCGAGUGUUGGUUUCAACCACUUUGGAUUUCGGUAUAGCAAGCUGGUAUGCACAGAUGGUGCGAUGAAAUUAUUUUUUUAACAAAUUUUGAAAUUGGACAGCUCUCUAAUGCUAAUGUGCUAUUUAAUGUUGAUUGUAUUAAAUUAAAACGCGAAUAGAACUAAGUCCAAGGGUCAUUAACACGUGUAUAAAGAUCUGUCAUUAGUUCACGUGCGUGACAAAAAACAAAAUCACUCCCGCUGUGUUUAAUUUAGUAUCGUCAACAUAUUGACUUGAAAACGCAACCGGUCAUAUUACCGUUCUGAAUCAUUUUAUUAUUUAUAUAAAGAUCUUCGGCAAAUAUAAAUCCUAGGUAAAACUAAAUAGAUAAUCUUGAAAUUGUACAACUAUCAAGUUUCGGAUCGGAUUGGUAAUAUCCGUAUUGCAGUUUUCAAAACUACGAUUCAAAAAAGGGCUGUCCCCCACUGUAUUAAAUUAAUUUGAAAUAAGAUUUAUAUAUACUGAUAUUUUUAUAGACGGUUGUUACAUAGAAUCAAUUUUGUUGAAAAUUGAAGUCUCGUUUCGAUUAGAUUGAUUUGCUAUUAAUAUUGUCCAUAUUCGUUUGGUUCAACGGUUGUAGUGAAUAGACACACUUAGUGAGAAAUAUUUAAGGUUAUUUUUAAGAUUUCCUUCUAGUAAUAAGUAUUGGUCGUUGUUUGCUAACUUACUGGCAUUAGGUGCGUUGCUGUUAAACAUAUCUGGCCCUGUUUAAGCACAUUGACAUUCUCAAUUCAUAGUACAUUACUGGCUCAAGAAGUAAACAUUGACGUUAUGUACCGUCGUUACUUACCGACUAGAAAUGUACAUGAAAUUGUCAGUGUCAGAUGUCAAUUGUCAAGUUAAGUUUGGCCUUUGCAUCCGUCAAUGGUUAUUUAUUUACUCUUGAGUUUCUAAUGACCCUUUCUAACAAUAGAUAAGACAUGGUCGUAGUGUAUGUCAUAAGACUCAUAAGUAAUCUCCCACAUAACAUAAUAAGGUGCUUGAUAUUGCUGACGAAUGACACAUGAAUGACCAAUUGGUCACUUUGGUGCUGCUGUUAAAACAAAAUAUGACUUCAGGACGUUUUUUGUUAAAAUACUUAGGUAAUAUUGGUAUACAGAUUUCGCAGACCAGGCCAGUGAUAAGCCCCAUCCACACUCGCGCUCGCGGCUUCGCGCUGCGUAGUCUGGAGCGGGCUAUAGGAUCUUGUAGAUGCAACAUAUUUCUUUUGCCAAUGUUUGACGUUGAACCAAACUAAAGUGGGCAGAUUUUGACUCGUUUACACUGUACAGUUAAAUUGUUCAGGUCCACUGUGACGACGAUCUUCACGCUUCUGUUCUAGAGUAUUGUGAAAACUAUUAAAAUGAAUUUGAAACUUUUUCACUCGUUUUGUCUUGUAGUUUUGGGUAAAUUCUAGCAAUUUUAUUGAAACACGGGAAAUAAACACGCGAAUCACGAUCAUUAACAACGAAAUCAUGUUCUUGGUAGUUUUGAUAAAGUGUUUGAAUUUACCAUAUCGCCGUUCUUGUCAUGGGGUUAUCAUUAGGUCACUUGCUGAUUUGCAAGAGACCUUAUGCUCAUCCUUUACAAGAUUUUUAUUUUAUUUUGCUCGUUCCCAAAAUAUGCUGCAUUCCCGAAGUACCUAUUACCUACCAAAUUAUUUUGAUUUCCAUUAAUGUGUAAUGUGUACCAGCAUACCCAGGUUCUGCUAUUUUGGGAACGUAGCGGUAAAUGCAAGGAACCGUGAUUUUUAUUUUGUGUGCUUUGACAAUUCCUUAUUUUUGUAAGUACAUUUUUUAAGCCACUCCAUCUUUACUGACCAAAGACAAGAUGCGUCCCAAAGAUGCUACCAAAAAGACAGGGUUGCCAGCGCAGCGCCCGCCAUUUUCCUAUUUUUACUUAAUUCCUGGAGAAGGCUUAACACACGUUUUGUAUUCUUUUUUUAUAUAUCACCCGCUUGUUUGGAUGUAUUUUAGGAUUCCUAUUUAUUUUUUACCUUUUUUGUAUAACUUUUUUUAAAUUUUAUCGAUUGUUUUGAAUAGUUAGUAGUGUAGCCGUUUGUAUUUUAGUUUUUUUUGUAUUUGUAUAUUAGUGUUAGUUCGUUCAGUAUUGUUUUUGAAUUUGUAUAAGUAUACACACACUAGAUAUAUUUAAGCUUUGCCAAUAUAACAUUGAGAGUGCACAUUGGCUAUAAGACGUUACAUUUUAAGUAUUAUUUAUGUAUAAUAUGUAAUAUUGUCAAAUGAAAUAGAUACCGAAUCGCGGAAUAGAUCCAAAUUUCUAAAUCAGAGCUUUACCAAUGAUAAAAUAUUUAAUUCACACGAAUUUUUGUAUUAUAUCUAUUUACCUAGGUGUAACUAUGUAGUCUUGGAUUUACCUGUGUUUUAUUAUUUUAUGGUUAAGAAUGAUUUAUUUUUGUUGUUUGAAUAAUAGUAUUACUUAGAAUUAUGAAGUAGCUUGUCGGCCGGGUGGGUAGUUGGAAUAUUUGUUGCGAGUCUGGCUACUGCUUUGGGUCUGGUGUUUAAUGCACUCUAGUCUUUUUAAAAUUACUGGUGUUAUUAUAUGCGUCCCCUUUUGGCAAAGUUUUGCUACAAGAAUGUACAGUCAACAGCAAGAGAAACUUGCUAACUAACUUAGAGUUGUACCAAGAUCACUGCAAUGAUUUUGAUAGCAUACGCAGUGCAAGUGGUAUUUUUAUACGUCAUAAUUUUAUAGAAGUUUGACGUUUAACAAAACUCCAAACUCUAACUAAUCUUAUUUCGUUUGCCUCAUUCCACAGCUAUUAGAGAUUAAACCUUUAAACGCCAUUUUAUACAAAAACGUCAAUCUCACGCCAACAUCGUUGGCGCAAGCGAUUCAAUAUACACCAUAACCAUAAUCAAAACCAUGGGGUUACAUUGACAGCCGUAUGCCAUAAGUUCGUUUAUAACUCUCGUAGGCACUGUUGGCACUUUUCAGGAUAACUAGGUUUUCUUGGCAUCCAAAGAGUGUAUGGUGACAGCUGUCAUCUCUAUACAAUUUAUAACCUUAAAAUACAAUCUUGUUGAGAUGACGGCUGUCACUGUACCCAAACUAUAUGAAAAUUACUAUAGGUGAAGAAAUGGGGUCGUAUACGAAAGCCUUACGCCAUUAAAAACAGACCUAAGCCUAUUCUAGACUGUAACAAAUAUUCACUUAAUUCUAAAUUGUAUAAUGUAGUGUUGUUGCCAUGCCGGCAAGUUGUAGUAUUGUUUAAAACUGAAAAACUUGAAUUUUUAUAUGAAUUUUAUUAUUAUAAUAUGGUAUUUUACUAAAUAUUAGUCCAAUAUUAAAUCUUUA